GGCAGAUUGGUGUCACUUCUUCACCGUCCCCCCAGCGGCUGGGCGAUCAUGGCGGCUGAGUGUAGCGUGGACUCAGAGAUCGAGGUCCUCCAGUCCAUCUAUCUGGAUGAGCUGACCGUGACACACGGGCCUGACAGCCAGUACCCCUGGCUGGUGAGCAUCACCCUCUUCCCCUCCACGGCGCAGGACUGCGACAGCCAGUACGUGCGACUGACCCUCUCGCUGGCCCUGCCUGCCCAGUACCCCAGCUGUCCUCCAAAGAUCUCCAUUCACAACCCCAGAGGUCUGUCAGAUGAGAUCCUGCGCAGCGUUCAGCAGUGCCUGGAGUCGCUGGCUCAGUCCUCGGCCGGGGCCCCAGUCCUGUACGAGCUGAUCGAGGUGAGUGAGUGA